AGCAGCCUGCUCUGGAGGGAGAAAAAUGAAAGCUAGUUACUUCCUUUUGGUAGUCACGCUCUUUGUGUGGUUAGAACUUCUCAAUAACGUCUUUAAAAAGUACAUUAACUCGACGGACAUUGUUUUAGUGACAGAGUGAUGCGGAUAGUCGGUGUACCAGUGGGUAGAUAUAGUUCAAACAUCUUGUUGACGGGGAUUGUGCUCCGUUAGCCGAGCAGCAGGCUAACCUGCCAUUCAGAAGAAGUUUGGGUGGUAAUUUGGUGGAUGUGCUGAUCAGAAGUUGACAGCAUCGGACUCAAAGGUGACAACACAUAACAAAAGAUCACUAACAUCAUGGCCUGGCCUCCCAGCAAGCGACUGCGAGGCCCGAACCACGAUGUCCUAAGGGCUGAUCCUGUCGAAGUCGAUCCCUUUGGGGAUGAAGAAGACUUCACUCAAGAUGACCUGGACGAGAUCGACAUCAUUGCCUCGCAGGCCAUUGGCUUGGCGGCCGCGUCGGAUUUUGUCUCCAAAGAGGUGAACAAACCUGAAUGGGACAAAGCGCACUGGUCAGGAUUCCAUCCCUCUACCAGGCCGCCACUGGACAGAGAAAACGCGGGCGGUCAAGGUAGCAAGGGAGGACGUUUGGGGUCCCUUGACAGAGAGCCAACUGGCAACAAGGCUGGGCAGACUGAUGCCGAACGAGAUGACUCCUACACCCUGCUGGAGGCUCAGCAUGCGGAUCUCCGGAGGAAGCUGAAGGAGGUGGAGGAGGAGAUUGUGUCGAAAAACGGCGAGAUCCGCCUGCUCCGGGACUCCCUAAAAGGAGCCCAGCAGGAGAAGGACACCCAGAGGCAGGCUCUGGCCCUGCUGGAGAAGCAGAAGCAGAGAGAGCAGAGCGAUAAGGAAAAGGAGCUCCACAAGAAGGUUCAGUCGCUGCAGUCGGAGCUGCAGUUCAAAGAAGCCGAGAUCAACCAGAUAAAGAGCAAAUUGCUGAGCGCCGACAGGGGCAAGUCGCCGUCGCUAAACAGCCCCAAAGUGCCCAACGGGCUUUCCCAGCUAUCCGGCAGUGGCAUCUCCUCCUUGCCGACGGGAAGCGGCUUUAUCACCAAGGAGAGCCUCAAAACUCCCGGCAAGACGCGCAGAAACGAAGGACUUGACAAGCGGGAAGUAGCCGGGGCCGAUCCGUUCCUGUCCGAGCGGCCGCCACACCGGCAGCACCCGGGUGGCGUCCUGUUGGGCUUGUUGCUGCAGCAGCCGCUGUCUCCCGGCAGUCUUUGCCUCUCGCACCUGCUGUCCGUCUGCCCGAGUGAUGUCUACGUGGCGGCAGGGCCCAACUCAGCCACUGUUAUGAGGGACAUGAGGUCAACCGGUGCGGGCGGGAGUAAAGGCGGAGCCCUGCGAGCGACCCUCAGUCCAAUCCAGAGUUUGGCCAUAACGGGCCUCAACAUGCUGAGUCAAAGCCAACCUGUUGCAGCAGAGGAGCAAGAAAAUGGAUGUCCCGGGGCUGUGCUUCUCCUCCCGCUGCUGGACACGCACUUGUCCCGCCUCUGCCAGGCGCUGGAUGCACGGGAUGAGGCCUCCGGGUCGUCGACGGAGCGAUGGGACGAGGCAGACAUCGCUAGUGUGGAAGAUGCGGGGAUGGCGGCGCUGAGGAUCCUCUACCUGCUGAUAAACCACAGCCGGGAGGUGGUCCAGGCGCUUCUCCAGACACAGAGCGAAGCCGGCACGGAAAACAAGCUCCAGACUAAAACCGGCGCGACCGAGGCCCUCCGCUCCCACCAUGGCUUGCUGCGCUCCGUGUUGCGCGUCCUUGAUGGAAAGUUGGAGGAGAUGGUGGUUAAAGCCGCGAAGGUCGCCGGUAUGCUGAUUGAGAGGACGCCGUAUACGCAUGCUGACAGGUUGGCAUGCGUGCUGCAGGCGCUGCGUGCGUGCGUGUUGGCCCACCGCAAGCCGCGUGUGCUCGCCGAGUGCACCGCCGCCCUGGUGCGCGCGUGCGACCACCACGCCCUGACUCGGCAACUCUGUUCCCAUCAUGAGCCCUGCGUCCUCCUGAAGCUGCUGCAGCACGUGCGAAAAAGACCCGUCAGGAAGGCGCCACACGCCGAGCUCACCCGGAUGGCCUUGCAGGUGGUCCGAUUGUUCAACCGCCUCAGUCAGACGGCAGAGAACUGGCAGAGCAGCAGCUGCCAGUGCUACAUCGAGGUGGUUCAGACGUCGGUGCUCAUUCUCCACCGUCAGUGGUUGGACCUCUACGACUCGGCAGAGCUGCCGGACACGUCGACCGACGCGUGCUCCUCGCGGUCGCCGCCCUGGUGGCGCAACCCGCCGGCGUCACUGCUGCGCGAAUGCGUGCUCCUCCUUCACUGGCUGCUCCACCAUCACGGCGGGUUCUCGGCCAGCUGCCGCCCGUUGCUGCACAUGUACGACCAGGCCGUCCCGGCCCUACGUGACGUCCUCAAGAGGAUCCCCGAGCUCAGCGAGAGCGAAGAGCUGGCCUUUGAGGAAAUCUCCCGUCCGGAAUGCGACGAUACCGAUGACAUGGACACUGAGUCCGGCUCCUGAUUGGGUCGCCUUGAUGAUGAACACUGUCUGUGCAAUAAAGUCCAGUUGAGGCAUAAAAAAACAGCAACCAGACUCGCAUUUUAAAACAAGGCGUAUGCUUUCAAAUCACGGGAACCGGUUCCCCUCACAAAUAAUUUCCCCUUCCCGUACUUACAGUAAGAGUAGUGGCAGUAAUUGUCAAUUAUCCCAUAUAUAGCCUCCUCUGGUGUCAUACCGUUUGAGCUUUGCACUUGCUGAUUGCUGGCUUUUGCUAAAUCAGCGGACGAUGGAACACAUCCCGAUACUGUCGGAAUGUCGUUCGGAGGAUUGGGUGUAAAAAAAAAUUUGAAUCUGAAAAAUGAUGCUUCUAUGUUUUGAUUCUUGUUAUGAGUGAUUCUGGAUUUCCGUUCUUUCCUGGGUGUGCGGCUCACAGCACAAACAGAAAUGAUAAUUGAGGUUUUGUAAAGUCCCACGACAGUGAGUUUGCAUACUGGGUUGUACGGAAUGUAGACCUGUAACGGAGUCUACCGUGAGUAACUUUGCAGGAAUGCAGCCCUCGUUAAUUAAGGGGAUUUGUUUGUUUUGUUUCAAUGCGUGUCAUUGUGAUCCUUCCGCUUCCGUAACAUCAUUGCCAAAAAAAAUAACAAAAUACUCGUGCAUCGAUCAUCUACUAGAAGAAAUUUCUUUUGUCCAGAUGCUUGAAUCUAAUUUAGAGGUUAAGUGUGCAUGUCCCUGAAGUAAUUUUACAUUUUAUUUGUCAUCCAAAACCUCAAGAUUAUGGCUUUGGCACUAAACAAAACAUUUUUGGCCAGCAGAUGGCUUUUUUUUUUUGUUUUCCAUUUUCCAGGCAGAACUCGUCAAGUGAGUCAUGUGACAUGUCAGCCAACAUUUAAAAAGAUGGCUCCUCCCUAUCCUCCACAUUGAACAUCUCUACUGCAAUGAUGACGUCUGCUCUUGGCUUGCUGCUCUUCAUUUGUGGAAUCGGCCAAGGAAUCAGCCAACUGGCCCCUACCCCUGUGAGUCAAACUCGACUGUUCAUGAUGGAUGACGAAGAAUUGUUCAAAAUGUACAUUUAUGAGAUUUCAAAUGUAACACCUUUUUCUUUCUCAUUACAGCCUGAUGCAAACCUGGUACAGUCGUACAGUGACACCAGAUGCCCUCCAGGCUGGGUUCAGCUGAACAAUCGUUGUUUCAUCCUCGAAGAGGCACAGCUGACGUUUGAUGACGCAGAGCUGUCCUGCAAGGAUCUGGGUGGCAAUCUGGCCUCCAUC